GCAGACCUCAGCUGGGUGCGGUGUGGGUGGGUAUAAAAGGGUCAGUAUAUAUUGAGAGGAGCAGAGAAAGAAACCAGGAGAGUGAGAGAAAGAAGGAGGUAUAGGCAGUAAGGGCUGGAGAGAGAAAGAGGGAAGAAAGGAGGGAGAGAGAAAGAGAGAUCUCGAUUGGAGGGGAGAAGGAGGGAGAGAGCCAGAGGGGAGAGCAAGCGAGGGAGGGAGGAAGGCGGUGAGAGAGGCGGGGGCCUCGGCAGGGUGGAAGGAGGGAGGAGUAGGGCGGGGCACGGAGGCCCCAGCAAGGGACGAGACUCCAACUCUGACUUUCUGCCGCUCUCGAGUCCAUCCCUAGCUUGUUCCAACCUCUGGAGAAUUCAAGAGUCCUGGCCUCCAGCCUUCUCCCCAUUCAGACUCAGGAGUCCGGGCCCUCAGCGCUCUUCUCCAUCACCCCAGGAGUCUGGACUCAGCUCCCUUCAACACCAGGAUUGGACCAUCUCACCCACCCUUGUGCCAAUCUCUUCAAACAGUCAUCUCCUGACACCCCCUAGCCCAGGCUUCCACAGCAGCCAUGUCACUCCUUCUGCUGGUGGUCUCUGCCCUUCACAUCCUAAUUCUCAUCCUGCUUUUCGUGGCCACUUUGGACAAGUCCUGGUGGACUCUCCCGGGGAAGGAGUCCCUGAAUCUCUGGUAUGACUGCACAUGGAACAAUGACAACAAAACAUGGGCCUGCAGUAAUGUCAGCGAGAAUGGCUGGCUCAAGGCGGUUCAGGUCCUCAUGGUGCUUUCCCUCAUCCUCUGCUGCCUGUCCUUCAUCCUGUUCAUGUUCCAGCUGUAUACCAUGCGGCGAGGAGGGCUCUUCUAUGCCACUGGCCUCUGCCAGCUUUGCACCAGCGUGGCGGUGUUUACCGGGGCGCUGAUCUACGCCAUUCACGCCGAGGAGAUCCUGGCGGAGCGCCCGCCGGGGGGCAGCUUCGGUUACUGCUUCGCCCUGGCUUGGGUGGCCUUCCCCCUCGCCCUGGCCAGCGGCGUCAUCUACAUCCACCUGCGGAAGCGGGAGUGAGGGCCCCGCGUCGCGCUGCCGCCCCUGCCCGCCCCUCGGUCUCAGCCCCGAAGCCCCCGCCCCCGGCCUCCUCCAGAAAAUAAAACCGUUUAACCGCCUGA